AUGGAAAUCAAUAUACAAAUCAAGAACGUGCAGAAGCCUGAAGAUAUUGUCAAUGCUUUCGCUGCCCUGGAGCAGAACAGCAGACCUCCACUGCGCAGAGGCACUGCAGCAAUCUCACCCCCAAGGAGCAGAAAACCUCCUCUCCUCCACGGAUGCGGAUGCCAGCGCCAGUGGCAGUGGAGCCAGAGCAAAGAUGAGGGCGCAGCCUUUUUCUGCAUUCCAGCGACCUCGGCGACCAUAGGUGAUCAGCCUGGAGCUGCAGAUACAGGCAUUAUUCCCAAGCCUACAAUGACACAGGACCCCCUCGAGGAGAUCUUCGUCCAGAACACCACCAACCAGAUCACAAGCACCCAGAACACAAUCACCCAGAGCACAAUCUUCCAGGGCACAAUCUUCCAGGGCACAGUCGCCAACCCCCAGACGAAUGGACUCGAGAUCGCCAGCACGCAGAAGGCAGGAUUCCAGGUCACCCAGAGCCCGACAGCGAUCUCGUAUACCACCGGCAACGGCAGCAAAAGCCAAGUCGAAGCCACCAUCCUCGUCGUCUACUACACCACCUCGACCGCCUACAACAGGUUUCCCAAGAACAUCUCCAAGUACGCGGUGGACUGGGAGUCCUUCGAGGAGGCCUUGCUCGAGCACGACCUGACAUAUGGGACAGAGGCGGGGAAGCUACGCCGGAUUCUAUUCUGGUGCCAUGAUACAGAUGUUGGAGCCCUCUGGAAUAUGCUUCAAAGCAGAGACAUGCUCCCCAUGAAUGCCCACGGCGUCUCCCAGUUCAACUGCAACAUCUUCUACGCGCUGGGGCGCGAAAUCUGCGGGGGCGAAACUGAUGAGUAUAAUAUCGCCUGGGUAUUAUACAAUACCACCCGCAGCGCGAAGAACCUGGCGGGCAUCGUCGUGGGAGGCAAAGCAUGGGGCAGCCUUCGCAAGCACUACGGUGGCUCGUUCGAGACUGCGCGCGCAGCAACGCAAGAGGACCAGGUCCUGAAGGACAGCAACCCCAAAGCGUUCUGCGUGAGCCGCAACCGCUAUACAGCUUCAACUACAUCGCGUUCGAGCAACUUGCGCAGCCACCCUCCACUGCCCGGAUCCUCAUCAACCAGUACCUACGAGCAGCCAACAUCCAGCCUCGAGGAGGACGACGAGCGCUACGACGCCAACUUGGUCUUCAAGUCCACGCUCAGGCGAGGCAUGGAGGAGUAUGGACUUCGUCCUCUUUCUCAUGGGCGAUUUACAGGUGUCAUCCUCACACGCGAUGUCGCCGAGACCGUUCUCCUAUCGCAGAUACAAAAGACGAAGAGGCUACGCGAAGACAACAUCGACGUCGACGCCAUCGUCGAGGCCGUCUACAAGUCCAAGAACCUCAAGCCGCCAGACAAAGUCAAAGAAGCCACCAACUUUGUUACACCCUUGGUGGAAGAGAUAUUUUUGGAAGAGGCGGCCAAGUACAAACAGCGGCUCAAGUCAGCCGGAGUGGAAGCCACGCCAAUGAAGGACCCGCCAGCCAAGCGACGCCGUACUCAACGUGGAGAUCGCAAGAAGCAGUACGAAAAGUUAAUUGAGGAGCCCUUCAAUGUCAUCAAGCAAACGGGGCAGCCACCCCCAACCAGCAUGAUGUCGAUCAAAACGUGGGUCACCAAUCUCAAGAAGACCAUGCCCGCCGACAAGCACAAAGAACUGGACCAGCACAUCCAGCAAGUCCAAAACCUACUGGGCGAGGGCAAAUACACCAAGGUGCAGCUACAAGAGAUGGCGACACGGUGGGGAUUACCAAUUUCAUUGAUUACAGCAGCGGCGGCAUCCCCCAGAACGUUGCAGCAGCUUAUUGCGGCAGACGGCACCAAGACCUUCAGACAACUGCAACAGGUGGUGGACUGGGCGCAGUUUUUGCUUUUCUAUCCGCUGCAACGAAGCAGCUACAAGACCGACUUCGCGAAAAAGGCGUGGCCCAUGGGUCAGUACCUGCGAGACAGCAACCUCACCUGCAAAAGCCGCCUGACAACAGCAGCAACUACUCAACACCCUCCCCAAGCAAGCGCAGUCUACGCCAUCUCCAGCGACGCCAAGCAGGAAUACGAUGCCUCCCGUGAGCUACGCAGCGGCAAGCACGACAACGAGACGGUCACCCUACUCUAUCGCCUGGCGAACCACAUGGAACAACCUUGGCGGUCUAAGGCCAGAGCCAGACUCAGACGAGUGCUAACAUUCCGCAACGCCACUGUGCCCAAGUACAACAUGCCUCUCAAGAUUCCCUUCCUCGCCCACAACGACUUCAAGCGCAACGUGGAGUUUAUCACCAAGCUCAUCCGGCAGCAUCGGCAUGUUCUUACCCCGUAUCACCUCCCGACCAAGACCAUCCACUGUGGAACCAUAUGCGCCAGGAGCACCCCAGAGCUGAACAUCAUGAAGGUCACGCAUCACUUAUUUCCCAACGACGACCGCAUCAUGGAUUCCUUUACGUCCUUUUUCGAAGAGCAGUGGACACGCCAGAAGGAACAACAGCGACAAGAGCCUCGACUCACGCAUCGACUUAUAAAACACCUUGUUUCUUCAUUACCUCGCAAUUACAUUAUUCACAACGAGGACCACGCCAACGCCCACUUGAUGAUCUAUUGCCCCAACGUGUACAAUCAGGCUGCGUUCAACACCUGGAUGGACAAGAAAACGCUCCUCCUCCUGGACAAAAGCCCCGACAACGUCAAGGCGGACAUGGAAAGGCAAACGCCUGCAGCAGGUCGGAAAAACUACAAAAAGCUCCUCGACUACAACAAGCCUAUUCCGUAUGGAUACAUCAUGAUGAAGCGGAAAAAGCAGUGGCAUGUGUUGGCCAAUGAAGAACAACCUGAACGAGAACUUCUAUUCCUCAACCACGACCUUGUUGGCUUUUUCAACAGUAUCCCUCAAGCUGACAUUAUACAGAGCGUCCACUACCUCAUCGCAGAGUUCUGCAAAAACAACAACGAGAUCCUGCUAAUCGACCCCUACAGCAAACUCAACCCUGUUCACUCAGGCAAAUCCACCCGCAGCAUCAAAUCCAACAUGACCAAAUUCAACGCGCAGCAUAUCGUCGACAUCAUACAGUUCAGCUUCGACGCCUGCGCCUUCACAGCCAUUGGGGAAGUAUUCCNNACCUCCAUGGGCAAUCAGAUCAGCCCCAUUCUGUCGACGUGUGCCAUCGUCUCGACAGAAAUUACAUGGCUCCGCCUGUAUGGGCAACAUGUCGCCAGCGCACACCUGGCAGACCAGCUCUGGAUCCGCAGGUACGUCGACAACCGAGCGAUCAUCGUCGACAAGGAAGCUCUCCACACCAACCCCUACAUUUGGCAACUUUCAUCACUACAAUUCUACAAAAAGCCUGUACAACUUGAGGACGAAAACUGCGACGAUUUCCUGGGCUUCAACAUCAAUGCAACAACAGACAGGUCAGCUACAUUCUUCAUCCGCAACCGUGGCGAUACCGAUUACCUCAGUCAGCAGGCUCGCGCAAACUCCGACUCAGCGGAUACCAUAGCCGGAGACAUAUGA